AGUGCUGCUCUGCGCCGCGCUGCGCUCGGUGCCUUCGCUCCGCGCUCCGCGCUCCGCGCCAGCCGCCCCGGGGCAGGAGGCGCGCCGAGCUGCCGGCCGGUCAGACAAAGAAGGCGCGGAUCGGCAGAGCCAGCGCGCGGGUGGAAGGACCAUGGACUCAGAGCGCAGGCGGCCCGCCUCAGCCCUGAGGACCCGGCGCUCCCGGGCCCGGCCCUAGGCGCCCGGCCCCGCCGCCCGCGGCGCCCAGAGGGAAGAACGCGGAGCCCGCGCGGUGCGGAGGACGAGCUAGAGGGGCGCCGCGGCGGACGGCCUGCGCGGCCCCUGGAGCCAUGGGCAAGUGCAGCGGGCGCUGCACGCUUGUCGCCUUCUGCUGCCUGCAGCUGGUGGCGGCGCUGGAGCGGCAGAUCUUUGACUUCCUGGGCUACCAGUGGGCUCCCAUCCUAGCCAACUUCCUGCACAUCAUGGCCGUCAUCCUGGGCAUCUUCGGCACAGUGCAGUACCGCUCCCGGUACCUCAUUCUGUAUGCAGCCUGGCUAGUGCUUUGGGUCGGCUGGAAUGCAUUUAUCAUCUGCUUCUACCUGGAGGUUGGACAGCUGUCCCAGGACCGGGACUUCAUCAUGACCUUCAACACAUCCCUACACCGCUCCUGGUGGAUGGAGAACGGGCCAGGCUGCCUGGUGACACCUGUCCUGAACUCCCGCCUGGCCCUGGAGGACCACCAUGUCAUCUCCGUCACUGGCUGCCUCCUUGACUAUCCCUACAUUGAAGCCCUCAGCAGCGCCCUGCAGAUCUUCCUGGCUCUGUUCGGCUUUGUGUUCGCCUGCUACGUGAGCAAAGUGUUUCUGGAGGAGGAGGACAGCUUUGACUUCAUCGGUGGCUUUGAUUCCUACGGAUACCAGGCGCCCCAGAAGACGUCGCAUUUACAACUGCAGCCUCUGUACACGUCGGGGUAGCUUCUGCCCCGCGCCCACCCCAGCGCCGCGUGCUUUGUGGCUAGACUGACAGCUGUGGCCACGAUCUCCGGCCAAGAUGGCAGGCGCGCCCCCUGGUGGUUUGCGAGCCUACUGCAGCUUGCGUGGCUUGAUCUAGGUCUGCUGCGGACUUGGACUCGGCCCUUCACAGCCUGGACUUCAGGGGUGGGGCGGGGUGGGACAAGGGAGGGGAAUCUGGAGGUUUAUAUUUUUUUUAUCUCAGCCUUGGCGUGGGCUGGGGCCUCCCUCCCUUCUCCAGCCUCUCCCUUUCAACCGUCACGCAGCAUCUGUCCACAGCCCAAGAGUAAAGGCGGGCUGGACAGACGCAUCCCAUCUCACCACGCCCACUCACCAGCUCUGAGCGAGGUUACCGGGCACUAGGAGCAGGAGUUCUGGGUUCCGGUCGCAGCUUCAUCACUGACUCUGUGUGACAACUGGCAAGGCCCUUGCCCUCUUUGGUCCUCAGUUUCCCCACCUCAAAUGAUUAAAAUCACCCCUUAGCAGAUGGAGCUCUUUCCAGCCUUCUCUCUCAUUUGACUCUCAGUUCCCUGGGUUAGGCUAGGAUUAUAAUCCUUAUAAUUCCCAUUUUGCAGAUAAGGAAACUGAGGCCCAGAGAUGUGAAGUGAUUUGCUUUGAGGCCACACAACUAGGCUUUUGGUGGAGGCAGGCCUUGAAUACAGUGAACUUUCUGUAGUUUCAGCCUCCAAAACCCAGUGUCUGGUCUCUGAAUUCCAUUUUCAAGCCCCUUUCUAGUUUGGGCACUCUAGAACCCAUGUGACCUACGCUACAUAUACACGUCACUGCCACCACUUGCCAAUGUCUCUCUUAAAGCAAUACACCCGUUCGUUCUCUUGUUGGGAACCAGACAUACAGAGCCCAGAGCCCUGAAUCCAGCCUGACCCACAGGGAAGCCUUCCUGGGCUAGGCUUCUGUCCACCCUUGGCAGACAUUUCUAGCUCCAGGAAAGGGGGUCCGAAACUAAGUCUCUACACCUCCUUCCAGGUCCCUGAAGCUGCUACCCCCAUGACCCCAUACCCCCUCAGCAGCUCCACCAACCCCUGACAGCUCCAUCUACCUGGUCAUUUGGAAGACCUAUGGUUUAAGAGUGGAAAAGGGCUGGUCAGAACGGCUGGUCACCCGUGCUCAUAGAUCACUAGUAUUUAUGACCAUUCCGAUGUCCAGGAGUUCUGAAGAUGCAGAACGGAGGUGCGGGGCACGGUGAGGGGUCAGGAAGGCCAGCACCCUUCCUUGAGAGCAAGCAGAAAUGAGAGCUCAUUCUCCCUACCUGCUUCCACAGACAUCCCUUAGCACCCUGCAUCCUGUGCCCUGGCUGGUGGGUCCAAGGGCAGGAGGAUCGGCCUCAGCCUCCCGGUCUGUGAAACAGGAGAGGCCCUGGGUGAGGAAGGAGGGUGGGAGGCAUCAGGGAACCGGAGGGAAGUGCGGACAGUGCACACCUGAGCCGACCAUGGUGACUACUUUGUUCGUGCUCUCUGCCCUGCAAUCUAGUAUUCCCUGCUGUUUAAGGCUGAGACAUCCUGAGCUCAGACCGCACCCCACCAUUCCAACUGCAGUUCUGUGCCUGGGAGCCAGCCCCAGGCACUCCUCCAGUCACCAAGGCACCGCAGUCCCAGACGGUCAGCCCUGUUACGGCUGCAGCUCAAGGCCUGGACAAUUCUCUUCAGGCCUGGCUGCUGCCCUACCACCCGGCCAACUCCUGCCUCCAGCCCUCCCUUCCCCCACCCGCAGCCAGCUGUCAUCUCACACCCACUCCCCAAACCCCCUUCUACUCAAGGGGUUUAGCCACUGGUGCUUUGAAAGCCUUUUGUUUUUAUAAGGCGGUUUUUGGUUUUUGCAAGGCAGCCAAGUUCUCCCCGGGGCCUUGCACAGCAGGGAG